GAAUAUGCACUUCAACACAGAGGUUAUUUCCCCGAUCCUGGUCCGUGGAAGAUUCCUCAAACUCGAAAUGUAGUCCUCCGGGAUACACUUGGAAUUGAUGCUCUUCCUCGACAACGUUUCAACAAAACAAAAAGAACUCCUUAUGUUCUUAAUAUUAUGGUUGUUGGCGAGAGUGGUCUUGGAAAAACUACUUUUAUGAAUACUCUAUUCAACACACCUCUCAAAGAAGAAAUCCAUCCUAAAAAUCCCCAAUCCACACAAACUGUAGAAAUUAGCCCUGUACAUUAUGAAUUGGUUGAAGACGGUGUUACCCUUAAUCUUACCGUUGUUGAUACACCUGGAUUUGGUGACCAACUUAAUCGUGAACACAACCUUGAUCCUAUUGUUGAGUAUAUUGAUAAUCAAUUUGAGGUUUACCAUACUGCUGAACGUAGUCCCGAAUUUAGACGUGCCAUUCCAGAUACUCGCAUACAUGCUCUUUUAUACUUCAUUCCACCAACUGGUCAUGCUCUUAAAGAACUUGAUAUUAAAUCUCUUCAAGUUUUAUCCGCUAAAGUAAACGUAAUUCCAGUUAUCGCAAAAGCUGAUACCCUCACACAAGAAGAGAAGGCAGCAUUUAAAAAAACUAUAUUAAGAGAUAUUGAAGCUAAUGAUAUUAGAAUUUUUCCAACUGCAUACCCGGAUGAUCGGGAAAGCGUUGAAGACCUUGAGAAAUAUAUCCCAUUCACAGUAAUUGGCAGUGAUCAAUUUGUGGAUGUUGGCGGAAAAAAAGUACGAGGAAGAUCAUAUCGAUGGGGUAUUGUUGAAGUUGAAAAUGAACAGCAUUGUGAUUUCAUCCAUCUCCGUGAACUUCUUAUGACACAUGCCCUUCAUGAUCUUCUUGAAACAAGUCAUACAGUGCAUUAUCAUAAUUAUCGUGCCCAAAAACUCCGUUCUAGUGGUCGUCCUGAAUCGAUCCUUGCUU